CUUGGCCCGAAACAAAAUGGCUGCCAGGGACAGAGGGCAGUCCAGCUUCGGCCUGCGGUUCCACGCGGAACUAGAGCAGGGGCUCCAUCGGCGGAUCAAAACAGAGGAAGAGGAUCCGUUCGAUUCUGUAUCGGGGGACCGGUCGGGGGACGCUCCUCUUAUUGGCCCAGCCGGAAGUAUUCGGGAAUUCCUACACAAACCCCCAGGAGAACAGGAAGCAGGUGAAGGGCUUCUUCAGCGUUGGGAAGCCCAAUGGCAGGAGUUUCUGAAGACGCUGGAAUACCCUCAGGUGGAAUGGGAGAUCCCACAGCUGCUGGAGGAGCCCACCCACUGGGACAACACAAAGGCCUUCCUGGCCUCCUUCGAGCAGGUGGCCGAAGCCUGCCGGUGGCCCAAGGAAGACUGGAUGGCCCACCUCCUCCCAGCCCUUGGCGGGGAAGCAGAGCAAAUCUUCAGCAGCCUGGAUAUCCGAGACAGGGUCGACUACGACAAGGUCAAGGCGGCCAUCUUGCGAGGGGACGCCCUCAGCCAGGAGAGGCAGCGGCAAAACUUCCGGCGUUUCUCCUACCAGGAGGCCGAGGGCCCCAGAGCCGUUUACAGCCAACUCCAGAAGCUUUGCCAUCAGUGGCUGAAAGUGGAGAGGCACACCAAGGAGCAGAUCUUGGAGCUGUUGAUCCUGGAGCAGUUCCUGGCUAUCCUGCCGCUGGACAUGCAGAUCUGGGUCCGGGAACAAACCCCGGAGAGCUGCCCCCAGGCGGUGGCCCUCGCCGAGGAUUUCCUGCAGAGGCAGCGAGCGGACGAGAACUGGGACGUCCAGGAACUGGGGCCCAUCGAAGAGGUAGCUCUGGAUUUUUCGGAGGAAGAGGAGCCUCCCUCGAAUGGCGAGCGGAGGCCGGCUUACAGACCAGCCGGUCAGAAUGCCGACAGUGAAGAUGCCACCUCAGUGGAUGACGAUUGCCUGAGUGCCGACGAGGACGAGGUGUACCCUUUGGAAAGUCCAGAUCCAGGCCGUCUAAACCAGGCUGCGAAGGGGAGGAGAGCGGAAAGGGAGGCUUCCUGCUUUCAGGAGCAGGAUGACGGUCCAGAGGGCUGGGACCGAGCCGAGCGGAAGAGAGGGAGCGGCCCUCAAGAGAGGGCUGAAACCUCUGUCCUUUGGGAGGGCGACGAGCCCCUCGAUGAGUCAAGGGGACAGAAGAAAAUCCCGAGAGGGGGGGAAAACGAAUCUGACAAGGUGGACGGCCUGCGCUUCAGGCAGAGGCCGGAUGUGAUUGAAGAGGGCAGUUCCGACGCAGACGAGAAGCCGCUGAAAUGCUCCAACGGAGGGGGGGACUUUAAGGUGAUCUCCCACUUUAUGUCCCACAAAGGAGGAAGUAAGGCCCACAAGUGCCCGGACUGUGGGAAAUCCUUUAUCGCCAAAGCGCACCUCAUCAUCCAUCAGAGAACCCACACUGGAGAGAAGCCCUUUAAAUGCCUCGCCUGCGGGAAAACCUUCGCCCAGAGCUCCAACCUCACAGUCCAUCAGAGGAUCCACACGGGAGUGAAGCCGUUCCAGUGUUUGGAUUGUGGGAAGAACUUCUGUUCCAGCACCAACCUGGUCAAGCAUCAAAGCAUCCAUGUGAAAGAGGACCGGUACGAAUGCACGGCCUGCGAGAAAAGCUUCAAGGCGCGCGCCCACUUCAUCGCCCACAAGAGGAUGCACGCCAGGAGGAAAUCCCACAAAUGUCCUGACUGCGGGAAGACCUUCCUCUUCAGGUCUCCUCUGAUUAUCCACCGCCGCAUCCACACCGGGGAGAGACCGUACAAGUGCCUGGAGUGUGGCAAAAGCUUCAGCCAGAACGCUCACCUUAACGUCCAUCAGAGAACCCACAAAAGAGUGAAAUCGCUCCAGUGUUCUGACUGCGGAGAAAGCUUCCGUUCCAGCAUGAGCCUCAUCCAGCACCAGAGGAUGCACGCGGGAGAAAGCCCGUAUAAAUGUUCAGAGUGUGGGAAGACCUUCCGAGUGAACGCUCACCUUAUCGCCCAUAAGAGGAGCCACUCGACAAAGAAACCACACAAGUGUUCGUACUGCGGGAAAUCCUUCUUCACCAAGUCGUACCUCAUCAUCCAUCAGAGAGUCCACACUGGAGAGAGACCUUUUAAAUGCCUAGCCUGCGGGAAGAGCUUUAGCCAGAGUUCACACCUUAAUGUCCAUAAACGGACCCACACCGGUGUGAAGCCGUUCCAGUGCCCACAGUGUGGGAAGAACUUCAGUUCGAGCGCGAACCUCAUGAAGCACCAGAGGACCCACACCAGUGAGGGCCUGUACAUAUGCUCCGACUGCGGGAAAAGUUUCCAGGUGCACGCGCAUCUCAUCGCUCACAAGAAAAUACAUGCCGGCAAGAGACCUUUCAAGUGCUUGAACUGUGGGAAAGCCUUCUUUACCAAAUCAAACUUCCGCAUCCACCAGAGAAUCCACACCGGGGAGAGGCCUUACAAGUGCCUGGACUGCGGCAAAAGCUUCAGGCAGAGUUCGCACCUGACCGCCCACCAGAAAACUCACAUGGGAAAGAAGUUCCACUGCCCGGACUGUGGGAAAAGCUUCCGGUUCAACUCCCACCUCCUUGCCCACCGGAGGAUCCACAAGGACAAGAAACCCCACAAAUGCUCGUACUGUCACAAGGCCUUCGUUUUCAAGUCCUACCUGGUCAUCCACGAGCGGAUGCACACGGGGGAGAGGCCGUUCAAAUGCCUGGCUUGCGGCAAAGGCUUCAGCCAGAGUUCGCACCUGAACGUCCACAAAAGAACCCACGUGGGGAAGAAGCCAUUCCAGCGUCCCGGACGUGGCAAAGGUUUUAGAGUGAGCGCUCAACUUCUGGCCCGCAAGAAAAUCAACACGGUCAAGAAACCGCACAAUAAAUGCUCAGAGUGUGGGAAAUCGUUCAUUUACAAAUCGUACCUGAUUAUCCACCAGAGAACCCACACGGGCGAGAAACCUUACAAGUGUUUGGCUUGCGGGAAGUGCUUCAGCCAGAGCUCACAUCUGAACGUCCACCAGCGAACCCACAGAGGAGUAAAGCCAUUCCGGUGUCCCACCUGCGGGGAGAGCUUCAGUUCCAGCGUCAAGCUGCUCAAGCACCAGAGUAUCCACACGAAAGAGAACCCAUUCGAUUGCUCAGACUGCGGGAGGUCCUUUGUGUGCCCGUCGCAGCUCGCGAUCCAUCGGCGAAGCCACACUGGGGAGAGGCCAUUCAAGUGCUUGGACUGUGGGAAGGGAUUUAGCCAGAGUUCCAACCUGAUACGGCAUCAGCGCAUCCACUCUGGAGAGAACCCCCCUUAUAAAUGCUUGAACUGCAGUAAAGUCUUCUCUUCGGAAGAGAAUCUCAUUAAGCACCAGAGACUCCACACAUAGCAGGAGGAGGCCACACAGAUUUUGCAUUGCCGGAAAGCCAUCUGAAUGCGCGGUGUUUUACUACCGGUCCCAUUUUCUUAGCUGUUACGAAAAACAAAGAUGUGGUCGGUGCCACGCUGCUGCUCGGUGUCCAGAAAACUUUGGCAGUGAACUCAAGACCCGUCGCUUCUCCAAGAAUCUGUAGGGGAAGCAGCCCCAGGUAAAAUGGUUAGGCUGCAGGGGAACUUUCCCUGGAGGCCACACCACGUGAUUUUCUGCGUGUUGAUCAUCAGAUCUUUGAACCAGCAAGCGCAUCUUGAAUCUGGGACCCCAGGGAGAAGUCUGGCUGGCUCAAUGCACCGAUCACCCAGUUCUGGCUGAAAGAAGGAACUUCAGCCCAAAAGAGCUUCUUUUUUAAAAAACUUUUUGUUACAUUUUCAACAUGGAACCAAAAGAGUUUCUUAGCAGCUAUAGGCCAGUUUUGAUCAGAUGGUACUUCCCGAUUUCUGUAUUAAAAUAAACUUCCGGGUCAAACUUGCUUAGUGGUUUGAAUUGCAAGGGAACUCGGCUGCUUUGCUCUCGGGGAGAUGCCUCGGUCUCGUACCACCUCCUCCACUCUCGCCCCCAGCUAAACAAAGAGCUGAUUCCCAGACCUCUAAAGAACCAGGAUUCUAGCAGAACUGUCCAGGAGAAAUGAA